UCAAAUUUUUGCAGCAGGUACAUCUCCGUGGUCAAGAUUUCGUUGCAGUCAAGGUCAAGGUUUCGCCGUGAUCAAAGUCAGUUUUGCCGUGGUCAAGGUCAAGGUUUCGCCGGUCAAGAUUUCGCCGUGGUCAAGGUUAAAGUUUAGCCGUGUUCAGAGUCAAGGUUUCGCCAUGUUUAGGGCCAAGGUUUUGCCGUGUUCAGAGCCAAGGUUUCGCCGUGAUUAA